AUGUCAAAGUCCGCUCACCAGGGUCUCGCGAAGUACAAAUUCUGCAAAGAGAAGUUCAACCAAGGCAAGCAACCAGAUACCAAAAAAGGGUCGCCGGGAACUUGGGCAACAGAUAUGACAAAGACCGACCGCACUGGCUACGCCGAUGUCUUCAUGCUUCAUGCCAGAGUCUAUGUCCUCGCCGACACCUACGCGAUACAGGAACUCCAAGAAUUCUGUCUCCGACGGAUCCGCAUCAGCUUGCUCUACGUCACCCCAAACCCAGAACUGCUCGAAGCCUUUCAUGACUUGAUUAUCUACGUGCUCGAGAAUACCAAGGCUUCAGAUGACUUCCGCAAGCUGUUAUUCCAUUUUUGCAUCGCCCACAUAGAUUGGAUCAAGAGCAGUGGCUUUCUUCAGCGGCUGAGAGAAGAGCUUCCUGACUUUCUGGCCGACUUGGCUGUUGAAAUUCCGCUAAAUCUCUGGGCUUGUAUGGGUAGAAUCAAAUAG